GCUGUCGCAGCCUGGACACCACCCUCCCUCAGCCCGCUCCCCCAUCUCCUCUGAGGGGCUCCCAGCCGCUGCAUCCUACAGCCGGUCCUGGUUAUCUCCCCGUCUUAGGACCUGCUGUGUUCCUCCCAGGGGCUAGGCGUUUCGAGGACAGGGACCGGCCCCCACUGCCCAGCUCCCUCCAGGGUCUGGCCGGGUGCUGCCCCACUCGGUGGUAGAGGCCUGCGGCUGCAGUGAGCUUCUUCCUUCCAACUCUCUCGGAGGUGCCACAGCCUCCCUGCACGCAGCCCAGAGCCCCUCCUGGCCCUGGUCACAGUACUCCAUCAGGCACGGUGUCCUCCCUGUCUCUGGACCCCAGGGCCUGCCCCCGGAGCUUGCGCAGGGAGGCCUCUGCACCCUCAUGUCGCCUGAUGUUGCCGCAGACUUCCUGGGGCUCCCUAGGCCUGCCAUGGGGGAGGGGGAUGCAGGGCCAGCCCCUCCCACCUUCCUUCUGCUUCUCCAGUGGAUUCACUUCCUGCCCUUUCAGACUGACCUCUGCGUUGAGGAGCCUAGUGACACCACCACUCACCAGCCCAGUGCCUCUUGUGUAGGCUGUUGCUAAAGAACUGAACUCUGGACUUCCCUGGCCCUCCAGCAGUUAAGAUUCCUCACUUCCACUGCAGGAGCACUGGUUCCAUGAUCCCUAAUCAGGUCAGGGAACUAAGAUUCCCCAUGAGCAUGCAGCAACAACACCCUUCCAUGGUUCAUUCAGCCCCAGGUCACUGCCUGAGGCAGAGGGGCACAGUGUAGCACGACACCCCCCGUUACCAUGGCCACUGCGACCGCCGCACUGCUCCUCCGUGUGGAUGGCACCUGCCUCCACCGGUCCACCCACAUGGCAGCAAGGCCUUCUAGAAAAACAAACCUGGGGCCAGUCAUACCUCAGCUAGAUGCCCACAAUAGAUUCACCACAUACUGAAGAGCCUGCUACCCCCACCCUUGGCCUGGAACCUGACCAACUGGAGAGGUGGAAGUCAGGGGCCACUAGGAGGCUACACAGCUUUCCAGAAGCUUUGCUGUGGGAACAGGGAGAAGCAGGAGAAGGCCCGGUGGGCCCAGCACACACCAUACGGAAUACAGGACUGGACAUAGGAGUGCACACACAGACCCAGGCACAAGCACGUGACACGCGAAACACAGCCAUACGGAUGUGCACACGCAUUCGUGCGUAGACCUACAUCACGCACGGAUACCCAUACUUGCGGACAUGUGCAUGCAUGCUUACGUUACAUACACACAGGAACACAGACACGCACUCAGCCUCCUGGAGCAUCCUGCCACCACCAGCAGGAUGCCCUGCUCGUACUGGCAAAUGGGCUCCAGCGGCUGGGUCGGAUGUGGGAGCCCCACACUGAGCUGGGUGGGGACCCACUGCCCCAGAGGCCCUCAGCCAGCAGAGUUCGCUGGCCUGCACUCUGGUCCCCUGACGUGGAGAGAGAAAGGGCCUCAGAGACCCCAGGGAGGCACCGAAGCCACCCUGCUCCCCACCCCACCCCCUCCAAUGGACGGUGCCUGCCUGUGUCUGCCCAGAGUUCACAGCGGCUCCAAACUUCUGCUUUCGCAAGAUUGCUUCCUUUCCGUUUGAAUCAGCAUUUCCACUUAUUUGCAGCUGCAACGUUCCAAAACACACAACCGCUGCACUGGCAUCGGGGCUGAUGCCAGCAGCUCUUCCUGGCGGGGCCCUCGUCCAGUUCACUUCAGAGCCCUCAUCUGCAGGAGCACGCAGUGCUGGGUGCUGACAUGCAACCACCCCGCGAGUGAGUGUGCACGGUGGAGCCUAUAGGCUGAGUCUCGGGCCAGCCAGCCAGCAGGGGCCCUGGCGUGAGCUCCAGAGGGUCAGGAGAUCCAGAGGCAGCAUGUGGCAGUGGAGAAGUGGGGUAUGGGGUUCCUGGGUGCCUUGCCCCGGACACGAUCCACACACAGCCCAGGAAGGAAGGACAUCGAGAGCCUGUGCCAGGCCUGGAUGUCAUCACUUGGCUUCAGGUUUUCACACUAACAGCUCUGAAUGUUACUGUGGUAUGUGAGAUAUAAUCCACAAACCAUACAAUUCACCCAUUAAAAGUGUAAAACUCUGGGGGUUUAGCAUAUCCAGACAUGGGCAACCACCAGCACAACCAAUCUGAGAACAUUCCGUCACCCCAAAGACACUGUCACGCCCCUGCCCCUGCCAGCUGUAUCUCUGCUUUCUGUCCCUGCAGAUCUGCCUGUUCUCAUUUCAUACGCCUAGAUCCUGAGAGCUGUCGUCCUGCGGGCCUGACAUCUUGUCUUGGUGUAACGCUUUUGAGGUCCAUCUACACUGUGCUAUGUGUCAAAACUUCCUCUUUGUGGCUGAACACCGACCGCUCCAUCGUGUGUGUUGACCACGUUUUGUUUGUUCGUGCGUCCAUAGGCGGACAUUUUCCACAGAUGGACAUUUGCAGUGCAUAGUGGCUGUUAAGAAUAACGUUGUGAGAGCAUUCACGUGCAGGUUUCUGCAUGAACAUGUUUUCAUUCCUCUUGAAUGCACACCUAGCCUUGGAAUGGACGAGCCUAUCGUAGUUCUCUGUUUAACUUUUUGAGGAACUGCCAGACUGUUUUCCAUGGGCGCCUGCACCCUUUUACAAGUCCAGCGCUGUGUGCUGCCAGAUUCUCCCAGGUCUUCUCCCACACUUGUUACUCCCCCUUUUAUAUUACAGUUAACCUAUGAGUGUGAGGCAGCCUCUAACCUUGCUUUGAUUCGCAUUUCCCUGACACUGACCUGAGCCUCUUCUUCCGAGCUCACUGGCCAUUUGUACACUUUCCCUGAAGAAAUGUUUUUUCAGACCCUUUGCCCUGUCCUAGGGUUUUAGGAGAGAAGGAUCAAAGAAGCUCGGCUUGGUUGGAGGCUAUGGGGGAUGGGGUGAGAGCCUCCCAGGCCCCCACCCCUGCACUCCCGCUCCCAGCCAGCCUGCGGGUGAGCUCACCAGGGGCAUUUCCGGCUCCUCUCAGCGCCUCCGGUUGCCUCGCGGAGGUUUCACUUUUGGGUCUGGGAACCUUCAGGCUGUGUGUGCGCUGGGCAACUCCACGGCAGAGGCUUCCAAUCCUGGCCUGCAGGGCAGCCUGGCUUCGGCUUAGUGGGCACAGGCACGCGACAGUCACGGUCACUGCCCUGAGGGUGAAAGGCCUGACCAGCUGCCCUCCUCAGGAGCAUGGCAUCGGCCUUUGAGAAGGUGGUCAGGAGCGUGGUCCGGGAGCUGGACCACAAGGAGCUCACCCCCGUGGAUAGCCUGUGGAGCUCCGCCAGCUUCCAGCCCUACAGCCUUUUGAGCAGGAGGCCCUUGCACUCACGGUUCUGGAGACCGCGCUACAUGUGUGUCAACUUGUCCAUCAGGGACAUCCUAGAGCCCGAUGCGCCGGAGCCAGUGCUGGAGUGUGGCGGCACCUUCCAGUUCCACGAUGCGAUGGACGGGCAGCUGCAGGGCAGCGUGAACCUGGAGGCCCCGGGACAGGGCAGGCUCUCAGGCGGGGCCACAGUGUCCGGCAGUUCCAGUGCCUCGAUGGACCUGUGCACUCUGAGAGUGGCCCCCAACACCUGGGAAGCCAUGCACCAUGAGAGGCGCCUGCGGCAGCCUGAGCCCAAAACCCUGCAGCAGCUGCGGAGUCGGGGGCAUGACGUGUUCGUAGUGACCGAGGUGCUGCAGACACAGAAGGAGGUGGAGGUCACCCGGACACACAAGCAGGAGGGCUUAGGCCAGUUUGCACUUCUGGGAGCCCUCUGCUUGCAGGGCAAAGGCGAGGGCCACCUGAGCCGGAAGAAGACGGUCACCAUCCCCUCAGGCAGCACCCUCGCAUUUCGGGUGGCCCAGCUGGUUAUUGGCUCUGACUGGGACGUCCUCCUCUUCCCAGACAAGAAGCAAAGGACUUUCUCGUCGCUGCAGGCAGGCCACAGGCCCUCCAGCAGUGCAGACGGCCAUCCACGUUCGUGCUUCAGCUUUGCCUCCAUGAGGGGUUUCUCUUACUCCUCCUGCCAGUUCCAGUCGGAUGGGUCCAUGGAGCACUGGCUGGCGACCACUGACGACUUCCAGGGCCUCCAGGCAGAGGUGAAGGCCUGGGCCGUGGGCCUGGAGGGCUUGUCCAAGGGGCUGUGUGGGCGGCUGCUGGGUGGCCUGGGGCAGGUGCUACGGGACGAGCCAGCUCUGCAAGCCCUGGAGGAGUCGCUGGAGCAGGGCCUGUGUGGUGGGCAGAUGGAGCCUCGGGACGGUCCGGUGGGCGCCAUUCUUGAAUCCCUGGUGCUGCCCUCUGGACAGCUGGAAAUGGAGCUCGCGGACUCCGUCUUCUACCUGCUGCAAGCGCUAGCAGUGCUGAGCGAAGCCCAGCAUGUGCUGCUGGCUGAGGUGCUGGAGACGGGGGCCCUGUCAGGGACGUUUUGGCUGGUGGAGUGCCUUGUGGAGCAGAGCAGCCCGUGGCAGGAGCACCGGGCUGUGUCCCUGCCGCCAGAGCGCCUGGGCGACAGCUGGGGCUCAGAGGCACCCGCCUGGGCUCUGCUGGAGGUGUGCGGCUUGGAGCCCCAGGAGCCGGUCGGCACUCCUCCACUUGGUGGAAGGCGAGGGAAACCAUGUUCCCUUCCUGUCCGGCUUGCUGCUGCCCUGCAGCCCCAGGACUGGCUAAACAGAAGGAAUGGAGAAUCCCUGGUGGUCCGCUGGUUAAGGACUCGGCACUUCCGCCGCUGGGGCCCGGGAUUGAUUCCUGGUUGGGGAACAAAGAUCCCACAAGCAAAGUGGCCCAAAAAAAUAAAAAUAAAGAGAAGAGGUGGUUGGCCCAGCUGUGACCAACCUGAGAAAACUCAGGAUCGAGGUUGACAGUAAAAUUAAUAU